AUGAAAUAAAAAAGCAACAGCUCAUAAAGUUAAUAAUAAUAGUAAUUUAAUGACUUAGAUUUAUAAUAAAAUAUUUUAUAUGGAGAGUAUUUAUAAGACAAAUAUUCUGAGAAAAAAAAUAUAUUAAUUAAAAUUACAAUUUAUUAAAAUCAGGCUGAAUUAUUUUGCUGUUUAGUUUUAAAUGAAAAAACUAAUAGAUAAAAUCUUGAGAUAUUAAAAGAAAUAACUAAAACUCAAGAGGCUAACUUUUUUAGAUUUUGCAUUUAUUUAGGUUAAAAGUUGCAGGAUAUAAGUUUGAAUGCUUAAAAUAUUGAUGUCAUAAAUUCGAAUAUCUAUUAGUGUUACAACAUGAUGCAACAUUUAAAGAAUUUUUAUAAUAUUUAUAAAAAUGAAUUAAAUUUUAAGGCAGAGACUUCUUCUCUUUAAAAAAUUAUCUCUUGA